AUGCGUCAAUACAGAUGCGUCAACAACCUAGAACAAGAAGAACCUACAGUACAAGGAGAACUUGCAGAACAAGGAGAACCUGAAGAACAAGGAGAAUCUGAAGAACAAGGAGAACCUGAAGAACAAGGAGAAUCUGAAGAACAAGGAGAACCUGAAGAACAAGGAGAACCUGCAGAACAAGUAGAACUUGCAGAACAAGUAGAACUUGCAGAACAAGUAGAACUUGCAGAACAAGGAGAACCUGCAGAACAAGGAGAACUUGCAGAACAAGGAGAACUUGCAGAUCAAGGAGAACCUGCAGAACAAGGAGAACCUGCAGUACAAGGAGAACCUGCAGAACAAGGAAGAACCUGUAGAACAAUAAUAACCUACAGAGCAAGGAGAACCUACAGAACAAGGAGAACCUACAGAACAAGGAAGAACCUGUAG